CGGUCUUGCUAUUGUCAGGUGACUUGGCGUGGUUUGACUCAAAUUGCUCCCAAAUAUAAGAGGUACAGUCCUCCCAUCAGUCUACCCAGACCUGAGUAUUGUGAGUAUUGUGAGUCUACCCAGACCUGACUAUGUGUCACAAUCCCUCCAUUAUGUCCGCCUUUUUAAGUCGUGACUUCACUCGGAUGCCUUUAGCCGACCAACGGGCAGCUGAAUUGGUGGACUCGUUUGAAGUCAGUGACGACGACGUUUUCGUAUCAGCUUACGUCAAAUCAGUAGCAGCCAAACAGCUAAAGUGACCGGACCCAUGGGACGGAAGAACCUGUGAACAUCAUCUUCACUACGGUACGAGCUUUUCCAGAACAAACCGUCUCUAGGCAGCGGAAGUUGGUCUGUUGAGAAACAUCUGCUGACCUGACCUGACCUGACCUCUGUAGGUGCCAUGGCAGCAAAAGAGGAGGUCGAGGUAGUAAGGAUAACAGCGCCCCCUACCGACAAUGUAUCCACGAGGGUGAAACCGUACUGUCCCGUAACAAUUGAGCCAAUUGCCUUCCUCUUGGUUUUGGCGGUCGUCAUGGUGUUGCCACUGCAGCAACAGUACAUCUACUACAAACUGGGGAAUGACACUCUUCCCUCCAAUUCACACUGUGACGUCAACACAUCUCACCCUGCCAGCAAGGGGAACAAGAGGGUCGAAGAAGAAGCAGCCAACUGGCUGACUUACAUCAAGUUGAGCAUCUCGCUUCCGUCUCUGGUCAUGGUGCUCGUGCUUGGGUCGCUCUCGGACAAACUCGGGCGGAAGAUUACACUCAUCGCCCCCCUUUUCGGCACUUUGAUCUGGCUCCUACUGGGCGCAUUGGUCGUCUAUUUCGACCUUCCGCUAUCAAUGUUUCUCGUAGGCAGUUUCAUCUUCGGUGUGAUGGGCGGCUCGGCAUCAUUCAUCACUGGUUGUACCUCGUACGUGGCUGACAUCACAGAAAAGGGGCAGAGCCGAGAUGUUCGCCUCGCCAUCGUGCGAAGCGCCGCACGGUGAUCGCCGCAGUCUUAGUGGGAGGCUAUUGGUUGAAAGCUCUCGGGCCUCCGCUUGGAUUCCAGGAACCUUAUUGGUUUACCGUUGGCCUUAUGGUGUUCUGUAUCUUGUAUGCCCUGUUUGCGUUAAAGGAAACGCGCCCCAGACAACCAGGAAGUAAACUAUGCUCACUGUCGUACAUAGCACGCAUAGUGAGCUUUGUAAGAAGGAUUCAAAAGCCAAAAAGAUGGAUCAUGGGUACUCUCAUGCUUGUCUACUUCCUGGCCCAUAGUGUCCAAGAGUCCGUGACAGGUGUAAAAACCGUGAUUCUUCUGUCGCCACCAUAUUGCUGGAACCCGGUUCUUAUAGGCGUAAAGAACGCUAUUGAGGGAGCUGCUUACAUCAUGUCCGUGCUGGGGAUCAAAGUAUUGGGGAGAUGGCUGUCGUCAUACGGAUUAGUCCAGGUAGGAUGUGUCUCGACUAUAAGUGGACUUGUGCUUCAAGGUCUCGCUGUCUACACAUCUACCCACACCACGACAUUCCUAAUAGGGGUAGGUCUUAGCUGUUUGCAAACGAUGCCUUCACCCAUCCUGCAGGCGGCUUUGUCUAGGAUGGUCAGUCGUGACGACCAAGGUAGUCUGUUUGCCCUACUGGCCUUUUUGGACAACAUCGGAGACCUUGCUUUUGUACCUUUCUUCAAUUUCCUGUAUACUUCCACGCUGGACGUCAUGCCCGGCCUUGUGCUCCUGGUUUGUGCAGGGUUUUACCUGGUCUGCUCCAUCCUGACUGGUAUUCUCCAGUGUUAUGACUUCUCAGCGGAUUAUGAGACUAUCCCUGAAGCCAUCAACAGGGACCUUGGACCGACCUAAACAAGACAACACUUCUAUUUCAAAUUUUUCAAUUUUACAAGCAGAUGAUCUCAAAGGAACUUUGACACCCAAAUCUUACCACAGAAUGCAAUUUCUAACCGUUUACUCUACCUCAACAAUCUACUACAACGUAGUAGCCCAGUAUUACAAGACGUUACCAUUUAUGUCGCCAUCUAUCUUAAAGUACUUGAAUGUAGAGAUUCGAAUAUGAACAUGUCUGACCACUAUGGCAUUGGUGCUUGGUGAACAGUUUCUUAAAUUUGGUGUAUUUCUAGCACAAAUAGCUCACGUAGCGUAUUCACUAGUGUAAAGGGGGUGAUAUGUAUAUUCCUAUAUAUAAAUUUAUAUUCGUAAGCAAAAGAAUGGUCUUGGGUUCAAUUCAAGCCUACAUGUAUAUAUCAUAAAGCAAAGUUAAGUGUUCUUGGUUCAGUCCAGUCCAGUGUGUAAUGUCUCUCAGACAUCUCAGUGUGUAUUUUCUCGAAGUAAAGACAAUGCCGAUACACACUAUAUAUAUGUCACGAUACAUCUAACAAUGCCAGCGGAAGUACUGACGUCUGUCAGUACGUCGAGGAGUAAUGGGAGUAUUUGUCUCGACAAUUACAUCGUUAGAUGCGAAGAAUAUGUCGUUCAUUAACGAACACGACAGUAUUGUCCAAACUCCGACAGGUAGUCUGGAAUACACAUCUAACUGCGGCAUUAAAAAGGACACAUCCGACAAACACCUGUGCGUAUGUCUGGUACCUAUCAAAAAUGUCCCCUUGUGUUUCAAUCAGUUUCAUCAAAUGUCAGAACAGAAGAGUCGACGAAAAUAUCCACCAAGAUUUGUCUAAAACUAUGCAUUGUCUAAAGUUGACCGAUUUCUAAAUAAACCUGUUUCAAGUAAACUUGCAAAUUUA